AUGGUUAAAAAGUUAAAGAAAUUAAAAAGUGGACAAGCUGCUACAAAUAUGAAGAAACCAAAAUGUGAAGAUUUAUUGUCAUUCCUUAACCCCUAUAUUAGCAACGAGGAUGAAACUUUUUCAAAUUUUCCACCAAAUAAUGUUUCCCAAGACUCAAGUAAUGAGGAUAAUAGUCUUUUAGAUGAUACUCAUAGCCGUGAUAGCCCUGGUUUAAGUGUUGGUACUUCACAAAGCACUAUAAGAAAUCGUGCUGGUUCUUCAGAAGACAGUUCACCUCGUCCUUACAAAAUAAAUUCCAGAAGUUUAGAUACUCCACCACAACUUUCACCAACACACUCGUUAUUGCAAGAGUAUUUAGAAAAAAAAUACAGUGCUAAGAAAAAUAAAUCGGACAAAAUUGUUGACUUUUUCAAGAACUUGGGGGAAACUGUUUCAAAUUUUCAACUGUUUCAAGUUAUUAAAAUAGUUACCGAUGCAGAGGAGAUGGUUUUCAGGGACAAGUCUAAACCACAAUAUGUAUUAGAAUUAUCUAAAGAGAACUCACCGCCCAUAAGGGUUAUUAAUUCAAACGAUUCGACUGCACGGAUGGCGUAG